AUGAAAAUAAAAGAAAAAUUAUUCGAAGAAAUAUAUAAAAAAGGAUACAAACCAAAAUGGUAUAAAGAAAAGAAAGAACAAUAUCAAGAACAAUCUAUAUGGAAAAAGACUACGGAAAAUAUGGAUAAUGAAAUAAUCAGAACAAUGAACAAAAUGGAAGAAAUAAACAAAGAGACAAUAAAAAGAUAUGAAAAAAGGAAUUUAUACGAAAUGGAAGAAAUACUUAUGCUAGAAGAAAUAUUUGUAAUAAUAAUACUAAAAGACGAAAAUGGAACAUGGAUAUCUCAAAGAAGGAAUCCAGAAAAAAUAUACCACGAAUAUUGGCAGUACCCAGGAGGAAAAGUAGAAGAUCAUGAAACUUAUCAAGAAGGAGCUAUACGAGAACUAAGAGAAGAAACAGGAAUAAAAAGAAGAUUAGAAGAAUUAGAAUAC